UCAGAUGAAGAGGAAAGAACUGACGAGGAGAGAUGAUGAAGAUGGAGAUAGCAUGCUGUCAUCUACUCUUUCUGAUGGGGGCAGCACCAAGCGCAAAAGCUAUAAGAAGAACACAAAGAAGAACCGCAUGAAGGCUCUGUACGCUGCUGUGGCAGAGGCUCGGGAGAUGGGCACAGGCCGGAGACUCUGUGACCUAUUUAUGGUCAAGCCCUCAAAAAAAGACUACCCGGACUACUACAAGAUUAUACUGGAGCCAGUGGACCUGAGGACCAUCGACCACAACAUCCGCUCUGACAGAUACCCCAGCGAGGACGCCAUGAUGGAGGACAUGAAGCUGAUGUUCCGUAAUGCACGUCACUACAAUGAAGAAGGUUCACAAGUUUACAAUGACGCCAACGUUCUGGAGAAGGUAUUAAGAGAAAAACGAAGGGAACUUGGACCUCCGCCGGAUGACGAUGACAUCAUUUCACCCAAGCUGAAAAUUAAAAGAGGAGAAAGGCUGAAGCAAGAUGACCUUAACACCAAGAAACUGAAAGAGGAGAAAGGCUGA